ACUGUGCUUCAGUGUGAUCCAUUGUUAAUAGUCUACCAAAAGAUUGUGGAUACACAUUACUUUGGUCAAUAGCUAUGACAGUGGCCACUGGAGAACCCACAGAUGAAGCAUCAGCUUUGCCAGAGCACCCCCAGGACUCAUAUGACCCUGAACCAGACCAUGAAUGUUGUGAGAGAGUGGUAAUAAACAUAUCAGGAUUGCGAUUUGAAACACAGUUAAAAACCUUAUCUCAAUUCCCUGAAACAUUAUUGGGGGAUCCUAAAAAGAGGAUGAGAUAUUUUGAUCCACUGAGAAAUGAAUAUUUCUUUGACAGAAACAGACCAAGUUUUGAUGCAAUCCUUUACUACUAUCAAUCUGGUGGCCGAUUAAGGAGACCUGUAAAUGUUCCUUUGGAUAUCUUUUCAGAAGAAAUCAGGUUUUAUGAACUUGGUGAAGAAGCCAUGGAGAUCUUCAGGGAGGAUGAAGGGUUUAUUAAAGAAGAAGAGCGUCCUUUGCCAGAUAAUGAGUAUCAAAAGCAAGUGUGGCUGUUGUUUGAAUAUCCUGAAAGUUCUGGACCUGCCAGGAUUAUAGCUAUUAUAUCCGUUAUGGUGAUUUUAAUAUCUAUUGUGAGCUUUUGCCUUGAAACAUUACCUAUUUUCAGAGAUGAAAAUGAGGACAUGCAUGGGAGUGCAGUAAAUUACCAUCAGUACUUAAACAGCACAUCUAGACGACAACAAUCUAACACAUUCACAGACCCAUUUUUCAUUGUAGAAACACUUUGCAUUAUUUGGUUCUCAUUUGAGUUUUUAGUCCGUUUUUUUGCCUGCCCAAGCAAAGCAGGCUUUUUCACCAACAUUAUGAACAUUAUUGAUAUAGUUGCUAUAAUUCCCUACUUUAUUACAUUAGGUACAGAACUGGCAGAAAAAUCUGAAGAUGGGCAACAGGGUCAGCAAGCAAUGUCAUUAGCAAUUCUUAGAGUUAUCCGAUUGGUCAGAGUAUUUAGGAUCUUUAAGCUAUCGAGACAUUCAAAGGGCCUGCAAAUCUUGGGCCAGACCCUCAAAGCUAGCAUGAGGGAAUUAGGCCUUCUGAUUUUUUUUCUCUUCAUUGGUGUUAUUCUUUUUUCUAGUGCAGUGUAUUUUGCUGAGGCUGAUGAGAGAGAUUCUCAGUUUCCCAGCAUCCCAGAUGCCUUCUGGUGGGCUGUGGUUUCCAUGACAACAGUUGGAUAUGGAGACAUGGUCCCUACAACAAUAGGUGGUAAAAUAGUAGGCUCCCUGUGUGCAAUUGCUGGCGUAUUAACCAUUGCCUUACCUGUUCCAGUCAUAGUGUCCAACUUCAAUUACUUCUAUCACAGAGAGACAGAGGGUGAGGAGCAAGCACAGUAUUUGCAAGUGACCAGCUGUCCAAAGAUCCCAUCAUCCCCUGACCUUCAAAAAAGCAGAAGUGCCUCCACUCUGAGUAAAUCUGAUUACAUGGAGAUUCAAGAAGGAGUUAAUCAUAGCAAUGAAGACUUUAGAGAGAAAAACUUAAAAACUGCAAAUUGCACCUUAGGAAAUACAAACUAUGUGAAUAUAACCAAAAUGUUAACUGAUGUUUGA